AGUAAUUGCUACAUAAUAGCAACAUGCAUAAUUUAUUGGAUAGACUAAUAAAUAAUCUUGUGAUUCAACCAGAUUGUGGUUGUUAUAUGGAUUAUUAGAUCAUACCUGAUUGAUUAUUGUGCUUAUAUUCAAGCUUUAUAAUUUGAGCUACAUUGUCCAUAUGUCAGACAUCUGACAAUACCUGCUAACUGGCAGUUUUGCCCAAUUUGAGGUAUAUGCACAUUUUUCUUUGUCUACCUACAGCACACAUUGUGAUAGAGUCCGCUAACUGCAGAAAAAUUUAGUUUUUGAAUUAUUCAGCCAAAACAAUACGUACCACUGGUAACACAUCUGUCAAUGAGUGGCAAUUCCAGCCAUCUGACAAUUACGCAUGCUAUUUUUCUUAACUUUGCAAUGAAACACAACAUUGUGAUUUCUCAGAAAUAUCCCACCAAAGGACACACACAAAUGAAAUGUGACUCUGUACACAGUUGCAUUUAUGGAAAACUGAGAAAUAGAGUUAUUGAAUUACCAAAUGACUAUGUCAAGGUGUCAAAAGAAGCUAGGACAAAACCAGAGCCAUAUGAGGUGAUCCAAUUGAGUUACUACUUCUUCAAGGACUACUCUCGAACAGAGGUGCAGCGAUACUCAACAAUUAGUCUAGGCAGGGACAAUGUAGUCACGGACAUCAAAGUACUAUAUUAUAAUCCCGAUGGAAAAAUUGAAGUGAAACUAGACUUCAGUGUAGAGUCUCAGGAGUUGCCUAUGAGACCAAAACAGCUACCCGUCAUUUCAGAUUAUAAGUGUUAUAUCUAAGGACUGUCACAUGUUUUACGACAAUUUGCCAUAUCUCAAGGAAAGAAGCUGAACAUUCAUUUAAGAUCAUGGUGUUGCUCAUAAAUGGAGCAAUUGGUUACUCAGAGCCAAGUGAUGCUGCAGAAGAUACAAAUCUAAUACUAACAGUAUUUGGAGCAGUGUUUUUGGGAUUAUCAGUGUUAUUAUUUGGUCUUUUUCUCCGAGCCACACGUCGUUUCUGCUGGCGUCGUAGGGGAGCUAAGGAGACCUCGCCUGGUGGCGCCAGUGCUCCAGGUGACUUGGCAGCUACGACAAAUCCGUCCACUGAUCUUCUUGUAGCUGCACAGUAUGCUCCAGUCCCAGAAGUGGCCAAUACUGGAGGUGCAUACAACGAGGCUGCUGGUAAUGGGGCUGAUGAAGAAGAAAGGAAAAGAUUGAUGAAUGGACAGGAGAAUACCAAAGAAAUCACCAACGAGGAUGCAGACAGGAUGGUAGAGAGCGAUCCAAGGAUAGUACUUCGCCCGUUGAACCCUCCCACUCAUGAAGAAGCAUAAGAUUAAAACGCUAAAACCCGCAACUGUACUUAAAACGCAUCACGUACUAUUACUUUUAUCAAAAUUGAGUGACCUGGUUUUGUAAAUCAAUGAGUUUCGACGGAUUCUUUGUUCUAUGAUUUUUCAUAAGGUAUUUUGCUUUAUUAAGAUAUAGCUGCUUUAGCUACUGUUACGAAAACACAAUUCUUACCGUUCAAAGUCUAAUUUAUCACUCUACACUAAUUUAUUACACUUGCAACUAAUGUAUGACAAAUUUAUAACCAUGUCGAGUGGACUGUGCUGACACGUUGAUCGCUGACUGUGACUGACUGCUUCCGCCAUCUGGUCGGGUAUUUACCUUCAAUCGGUGAAUACCAGAAGCCUUCUAGAGACAGCGCGAGCUUUGACGAAAUCAUCUAGGUGGCAGUAGAUUCAUUUCGAUGAUGUCGAACGAUCGAUCGAAGUUCCUUCUAGAGGCCGCAAUCGCUCACGCCCAGCCGCGUAACUCUGGUUGGCUAAGCGUCGAUCUCAUGUACGACGCUGCAUCGCUGGUACCCAGAGUUCCAGUUAUACGAGGGCGUUACAAUACGAUAGAUUACGUCUCGCGUUGACCUCACAAUUCCAAGACAGGUGGUACUCUAAUUCUCAUGUUGUCUUAUAUCAACGAGACAGUAUCGCAGAAGCUCUAACCUCUAACUACACAACUUCAUCUUUCGCCUUAAAAUACUCUUUAUAGUGAUGCACGGAUAAAUCCUGCCAAAACACUGUUGAGGGAAGCAUUUGCAUUGGGGUUAAUAUGGAGUUUAAAUGAAACUAUCCACCGGCAGGGAGAACAAGGAAAGAUACAUGAUCUUUAUUUGAGAAUACAUAAAUUUGCCCCAGAGUCUUCAAAGAGCUGCUAUAUGUUCAAAGGUUGGGAAUUUCUGUGUAUUUAGCAUGAGGAAAAAAACUGAUGACGUAGUGGACUUGGUGGUUGUGUUUCUAAAUCCUACUUGUGUCACAAGCAAAACAAGAGCUCUAUGCCACUUGUAUUUGAAACAACUGGACAUUCAGAAGAAAGGCAGACGACAUGAUAAUAUAAAGUUGCACAUCAACGGAUGCAGCGUGCACUUUAAGUUUUUUUUGUGAUUUCAAACGUUUGACCAGCUCUGUAUUUAUGUGUAGAAUUCUGUAGACAGUAUUCUAUUUUUCCAAUUUUGAUGUUAUAACCACAAACAUUAAUGAAUAAUAUCAAAUCUCAGUAUUGUAUGUGUAAAAAUGUCAUCCACUCUUGUACAAAGAUAUAUAUCAUUAGCGUCUAUUGAAAUCGUAUAUUUUGAGAUACGAUGUAUUUUCAUAAGGAGAUUUCAUAUUUGUUUUGAUGUCGUUGGAAAUCUCUUUUGCUAUUCUAACAUUGACAUCUCAUUAGUCGUAAUUCUCAUGAUGAGUUGCUUAAGAAGCACAAAAAUUACUUUUUGAAGGUUGUGAAAGAGGAAAUAAGUUCAACAGGGCACGUUUACUUUUGGAGAUCAAUUGAUAUUAGAAUUUUCAAAAAAUAUAUGCUCACUUCGCAAUUUAGCAUUUAUUCUAGGUAAACUACCCAGGAACCUGUAAUGCAGAUGCGAAACAAACAAUAUUUCUCCAUAUUGAGUUCUAUUUUGUAAAUGUAUCGAGUUAUAUUCUUAUUUCCUCUGAGAACGUUUAUAUAAAUAUCAGAUUCCAUCCACGUUUUUGUUCAACGUCUAUAAGGCUCAAAAGCUUGAAUCUCGUAUUAUUGUUUAAGUUUGCAUCGACUGAAAUUAUUUAUGAUAUAGUUAGUAUAAGUUUCAAUUAAUACAGCUUUAUUACUAUGACUACAUUUUUAUAUCUUUAUUUUGUAUCACAAAUAAAUAUUUCUUUGAUA